AUGAAUGAGAAAUUGCGCUCUAUCUUCAAACUGAAAAGUUUUAGACCGGGUCAAGAGGAGAUUAUAUCUGCAGCUUUAGACGGCCGUGACGUCUUGGCCCUUAUGCCUACCGGUGGUGGCAAAUCCCUCUGCUUUCAACUUCCUGCUGUAUGUGUCAAAGGACGAACGAAGGGUGUUACUGUCGUAAUUUCGCCUUUACGUGCAUUAAUGCACGACCAGAUUGAUGACCUCCAUAAGAAAGGCAUUGACGCAAUCUUGACCGGCCCAGGAUUCCCAGAAUAUCGAGCGCGUUUACAAGGCAGGAAAUUGCCCUCACUGGUCUACGUGACUCCCGAAAUGCUGGAGAGGAACGAGGAGCUUUUAGACAUGCUUUCAAACUUGAAUGACUCCCGGAGGCUUGCCCGAUUGGUUAUUGAUGAAGCUCAUUGCCUUCCGGGAUGGGGAAAGGAUUUCCGAAAAGAUUACGAUGCCUUGGGCAGCCUUAGGGAGAGAUUCCCGGGAGUUCCGAUCAUGGCUCUUACCGCUUCAGCAACGCGGUCCGCAAUACUCGAUAUCGUACAACGACUUCGUUUGUCCAACCCCUUUCAAUACGAGCAGUCUUUCAACAGGCCAAAUCUGACAUACAGCGUCUUACCCAAACCGAAAGGACAUAGGAAAGCCGUCGACAACAUUGCAUCAUUUAUAUCUUCGUCACACGCAGAUCACUCUGGCGUGAUAUAUUGCUUGACGAGGAAGACUACCGAGAAAGUGGCUGCGUAUCUCCGAGAAUCCGGUAUCAGGGCGAAACAUUAUCAUGCCGAACUGACACCUGCGGAGAAAACAAAAGUGCAAAACGAAUGGAAGGCGGGAGAAUGCAAAGUCAUCGUUUCUACCACUGCUUUUGGUAUGGGGAUCGAUAAAGCGGAUGUUCGAUAUGUCAUUCAUUAUGACAUACCGCGGAACCUCGUAGGCCUUUAUCAGGAGACAGGACGAGCAGGCCGCGAUGGUAAUCCUGCAGAUUGCGUAUUAUAUUAUCGUUACGGUGAUUUUACUCGUCUCAUCCACAUGAUACGAAAUCCUACCGAUCCAGAGUCUACCACAAAGGAAACCCGAGAAGAACAAGAACGCGAAGCCUACUUGGUCAUGCAAUAUUGCGUCAACAACAUCGACUGUCGGCGACAGCAAAUCCUGUUCCAUUUUGGGGAACAUAUUGAAACCUCGUCGUGUGAUGCUCACUGUGACAGCUGUCUGAGCGACACUCUAGUGCUGGAUCAAGAUGUUACAUUGGAUGCCAUCAACGUCGUCAAAGUCGUCGGGAUGCUCGAAGAAGGGGAUGUGACCAUUGAAUACUGUCGCGAUGUUUUUAGAGGCAAGACCACUGCGACCGUUCGAGGACGUUUGCAUCAUAUGAGCCGUCUGUUUGGAGUUGGCCGACACCUCCCGCAGACUCUGACAGAGCGCUUGUUUUCGACACUAUUGUCUAAAGGUAUCUUGGACCUCCAUUUUAGUUGCGACAGUCCUGGACGGUGGCAUACCACUUACGUUAAGCUCGGUCCCGCCGCACAUAGUUUCUUACUCGAAAGUGAAGACAAGCAGAUGUUGUUCAUGAAAGUCAGACAAGAGCAGAAGUCGCCUCAACUAAAAACAAGUAAACAGGCGGGUGCUAAACGUCCUAAACCGUUACGACAAAAGCACCAAGCCAACGACUCUGAAUCUGAGGAUGAUCUCUACAUCGAUAAUCCCCGAGACGAGGAAACCAGUCUCGUGGAGGACCCAACACCUGCUGAAAUCGUAAUAGAGCUCUCUGACUCAGAAAGUGAGAACGACACCCAAAUGGGAGAUACUCCGUUAGAAUCAUUGUAUUCCAAACUCCGCACUGAACGUCGACGGGUGCGUGUUUAA